CUCGCCGCACCACACUCCGCCCUCGCAGCGGCCGCGUCCAGAGGAGGCUUUUCCCCCGAGCGAGCGCCCCGCGGACGGCUUCGGGACCCAGCCCUCGCCGAGCAGUGAGCGUCUCGUCCAGCGCGCCUGUCGACUGCAGCGUGAAGCCGAGCGGAGAGAGAGAGCGAGCAGGCGGCGACAUGGCCAAGAACACGGCGAUCGGCAUCGACCUGGGCACCACCUACUCGUGCGUGGGGGUGUUCCAGCACGGCAAGGUGGAGAUCAUCGCCAACGACCAGGGCAACCGCACCACCCCCAGCUACGUGGCGUUCACCGACACCGAGCGGCUGAUCGGGGAUGCGGCCAAGAACCAGGUGGCGCUGAACCCGCAGAACACGGUGUUUGACGCCAAGCGGCUGAUCGGCCGCAAGUUCGGCGACCCGGUGGUGCAGUCGGACAUGAAGCACUGGCCCUUCCACGUGAUCGGCGAGGGCGACAAGCCCAAGGUGCAGGUGAGCUACAAGGGGGAGACGAAGGCCUUCUACCCCGAGGAGAUCUCGUCGAUGGUGCUGACGAAGAUGAAGGAGAUCGCCGAGGCGUACCUGGGCUGCCCGGUGAGCAACGCGGUGAUCACCGUGCCCGCCUACUUCAACGACUCGCAGCGGCAGGCCACGAAGGACGCGGGCGUGAUCGCGGGGCUGAACGUGCUGCGCAUCAUCAACGAGCCCACGGCGGCCGCCAUCGCCUACGGCCUGGACCGCACGGGCAAGGGGGAGCGCAACGUGCUCAUCUUCGACCUGGGCGGGGGCACCUUCGACGUGUCGGUCCUGACCAUCGACGACGGCAUCUUCGAGGUGAAGGCCACGGCGGGGGACACGCACCUGGGCGGGGAGGACUUCGACAACCGGCUGGUGAACCACUUCGUGGAGGAGUUCAGGAGGAAGCACAAGAAGGACAUCAGCCAGAACAAGCGCGCCGUGAGGCGGCUGCGCACGGCCUGCGAGCGCGCCAAGAGGACGCUGUCGUCCAGCACGCAGGCCAGCCUGGAGAUCGACUCGCUGUUCGAGGGCGUCGACUUCUACACAUCCAUCACGCGCGCGCGCUUCGAGGAGCUGUGCUCCGACCUGUUCCGCGGCACCCUGGAGCCCGUGGAGAAGGCGCUGCGCGACGCCAAGAUGGACAAGGCGCAGAUCCACGACCUGGUGCUGGUGGGCGGCUCCACGCGCAUCCCCAAGGUGCAGAAGCUGCUGCAGGACUUCUUCAACGGGCGCGACCUCAACAAGAGCAUCAACCCCGACGAGGCGGUGGCCUACGGGGCGGCGGUGCAGGCGGCCAUCCUGAUGGGGGACAAGUCGGAGAACGUGCAGGACCUGCUGCUGCUCGACGUGGCGCCGCUGUCGCUGGGGCUGGAGACGGCGGGCGGCGUGAUGACGGCCCUGAUCAAGCGCAACUCCACCAUCCCCACCAAGCAGACGCAGAUCUUCACCACCUACUCGGACAACCAGCCCGGGGUGCUGAUCCAGGUGUACGAGGGCGAGCGCGCCAUGACGAAGGACAACAACCUGCUGGGCCGCUUCGAGCUCAGCGGCAUCCCGCCGGCGCCGCGCGGCGUGCCCCAGAUCGAGGUGACCUUCGACAUCGACGCCAACGGCAUCCUCAACGUCACGGCCACCGACAAGAGCACCGGCAAGGCCAACAAGAUCACCAUCACCAAUGACAAGGGCCGCCUGAGCAAGGAGGAGAUCGAGCGCAUGGUGCAGGAGGCCGAGAGGUACAAGGCGGAGGACGAGGUGCAGCGCGAGCGCGUGGCGGCCAAGAACGCGCUCGAGUCCUACGCCUUCAACAUGAAGAGCGCCGUGGAGGACGAGGGCCUCAAGGGCAAGAUCAGCGAGGCGGACAAGAAGAGGGUGCUGGACAAGUGCCAGGAGGUCAUCUCCUGGCUCGACUCCAACAGCCUGGCCGACAAGGACGAGUUCGAGCACAAGAGGAAGGAGCUGGAGCAGGUGUGUAGCCCCAUCAUCAGCGGACUGUACCAGGGCGCGGGUGGCCCCGGGCCGGGCGGCUUCGGGGCGCAGGCGCCCAAGGGCGGCUCUGGCUCCGGCCCCACCAUCGAGGAGGUGGAUUAGCCGCCCUGGGAACCCAGCGGUCCUUUGGGCCGACCCCUUCCUCCUGGGCCCCUGCCGGCUUUCUGUGUUGUGUAACUGAGGCCCAUGCCUUCAGUGUGUCGGUCCUGAAGUGAAGUCACCGCCUGGCGGGCUGAGGCGCUAGCUCUUGCAUUUUUGUGGUUUCUAAGUCUUGUUAUUUAGGUUAAGUGCAAGUGUUGUAAGGUGGUUUUAUUUUCUUCCCUCCAACUAAUCAGUGCUGCCACCUUGUGUACAGUUUUUUUUUCCUUGGACUAGGGGGAAAGUCACGCUAAUUAUGGUUUGUAAUUUAAUGACUAAAAUGUUUAAAAAUAUCAGUAUACAUAUGCAGCAGGCUUGGGUGGCAUGGGCACUUUGUGUUGUCCCUGCUCCAGAGGGUUUGAGCCUGCCGCUGCUGUUGAGACUGUAUAUUAUUAGACCAUUACAUUCAUAGGCCUUGCUUGUGUUGUACAUGUUUGGGGCUCGAGUGUCAUUUUCCUUAUAUUGCCUGUUUGUGUGUAAAGUUAAGCUGCAUAUUUUGUUUUUAAGCUGUGGAACUUGCUAUCUUUCAACAUUUGUAAUUUGCAGACAAGUUUAUACUGUCGCAUUUUGUCGGGGUUUUUUUGGGGGGUACUGUGCAUCCAAGCUAGUCGUUUUUAUUGGUCAUAUUAAAAUAAACAAACUUUAAAAUAA